UCGCUACUGGGCAGACGUGUAGCCCAGCCUGCUUAGAGAACCCGCGAACUUAACGACGACACUUUCGAAAAAAGAACACUUUAAUUUAUUAUCUGUGAAACCUUGUGCAAAAUGAGUUAACGAAAAUGGAACAGAUUUUUUGUGUUUCGAAUUUUGUAAUUUGAGUUCUCUUGUUAUUUUUUUAAGAACAGUGUUUUAUUUCGAAAAUGGAUUUGAAUUUUUGGAGGCGACUUCUUUUGUUUUUUGUUGUCGUCCUCCGCAGUACGGAUGGUCUUCGAUUUCCUGAAACUGAAAGGACUCGAUCUAAUGAAAGAUCCGUUUACAGCAUCGGAGAUUACAAGAUCGGGCAACAACGGGUUUUAACUAAAGAUUAUUAUGAUGACCAUUAUCGGUACAGAAGAAGUUUACAAAUGAUCAUAUCACAGCACUUCAGUGAGACAACUGUUAUGCCCGGUGUUGAUGUUAGUCUGCAAUGUACGUUGAAUGGGCCACAUCCAGGCAGAUUCGUGUGGGAAAGAGAUGGAAUUGUUAUUUCGUCUAAUACGGAUUCGAGAUACACCAUAGGUCAGACCAUGGCUCCAGACAGCGGCGUGAUUACGCAACUGAAUAUCUCACAUUUAAGAGUAGACGAUGGUGGUCUGUUCUCCUGUGUGGCGCAUCAUGGUGACAAUGUCGUGGUACACCAUGAUAGGGUCAAUGUUUAUGGUCCACCCUAUAUAAGAACGUUGCCGCCUUUCAAAGUGCAGAGCGGACAAAGUGUCACGCUGAAAUGCCCCUACUAUGGAUAUCCAGUGAGGGAAAUUACUUGGGAAUACAAAGGCAAAGAAAUAAGCACAGAUAUGCCAACACAGAAUAGGUACAAAAGAGAUAGUAAAAUGGGUAGUAAAGAGAUAUUUGGGAGGAAACCUAAGUUAAGAGAGAAGAGAGAUGUACCUCUAGUAACAAAUGAUGGUGUGUUGAAUAUACCUAAAGUUUCGAAGGCGGAUAACGGAGCUUCGUACUCGUGUGUAGUAAGGAGUCCUUCAGGUGAGAUGGCGAAGAGAUCGUUUGAGUUGCAUGUAGUUGAGGCUCCACAGUUGGAAGAAAUAUUGUUGCCGACGGAUUUACAAGAAGGACAAAUCGUGCAGAUACAUUGUAAUCUUAAGAGCGGGGACUCGCCGGUUUAUUACUCGUGGUUGAAGGAUGGCAAGAAGAUUCCGACGCAUUUGAAGAUCGCAGAACGAAGCCUAGAAGUUUUCAGUGUCCUAAUAAUAAAGAACGUAUCUUUAGAUCAUUGCGGCACCUAUACAUGUGUUGCUGCGAACCACGUUGCCAAAGUGAAUCGGACAGUCAACCUCUACAUCAAAGUGGCCCCCAAAUGGAGUGAAGAACCGCAGAACUCUUCCCUCCUCCUCGGGCGAGGAGGUCACAUCUCGUGCAGUGCUAAUGGCUACCCGCAACCACAGACGCACUGGUUGAAGAAAGAUAUCGUAUCAGACACAUGGCGACCAGUACUGGAAGUGGCUGGUGGAGGGGUGCUCAGCUUAUCGAACGGUUCCCUUAUAUUUGACUCCGUAGCAUUGUCUGAUGCUGGACUGUAUACUUGUCACGUGGAAAAUGGCGUCGGGGAGGCUCUCAGUAAGACUGUCUGGAUCUCUGUGAACAAACCAGUAACAUUCGACAUAAUAUCAAGAAAUAUGACAGCGAAGCUUGGUCAGCACGUGACUAUAGAGUGUCAGGCGAAGGGAGAUGAUCCUAUAAGAAUGAUGUGGACGAGGAAUGGGAAACCUAUUAAUCCUUUGACGCAGAGAGUAAAAAUAUCCGAAGCGAAGACAGAAGAUGGUAUGACGAGCAUACUGGAGUUACUUCAAACAGAAACAAGUGACGGCGCGCUAUAUGCUUGUCGCGCUGGCAAUCCCUUCGGAGCUGAUGUGUAUAGUGUGCAUCUUACUAUAUUGGAACCACCAGCGCCACCCUCAGACCUGUCAGUGGACUCAAUAAAAAGCAGAUCAGUGAAGCUAUCCUGGCGAGAUAUGACGAGAUCUCUGGCGCAGUUCUAUAGCUUACAGAUCAGUGGCAGUCAGAGGUUGUCCUGGAAUAACGCUAGAGUUAUCAAUAUUACUAGGUUAGAAGAAAUAAGACACAGUAUAGAAGUAGAAGAUCUUCUGCCAGCUACAAGUUACACAGCUCGAGUAGCUGGGGGAAACCAGGCAGAUCUCAGCCAUUUCUCCACUCCCGUCAGAUUUACUACUACUGAAGAAGCACCUUCAUCACCACCUCUGGGAGUACAAUUGGAACAGACGGAGUCUCCCGGAGAACUGAGAGUGAGAUGGCUGCCACCACCCGCAGAUACGCACAACGGACUUAUUAUAGGAUACCGGUUGAAGGCUGUUCCUCAAUUGACGGGGAUCAAAGAAACUGAAGAAACGAGUGACAAGACAAUCAAAACUGCCUCAUUAUAUGCCAAACAAGAGACUGUUGUCACCGGACUGCUAAAAGGAGUCAGGUAUGCAGUGUCAGUAGCUGCAUUCAACAGUGCUGGUUCAGGACCAUUUUCUGUGCCGCUCUUUCAAGAUACCAGAGAAGGAGCUCCUGAAGAAGGUCCAUCGUCAGUAGAAUGUGGGGGCGUGACGUCGACAGCGCUGCGCGUGAGUUGGCAGCCGAUACCGCCGCACAAGCAAGCUGGCGCGCUCAUUGGUUAUACUGUGCUGUAUGCUGCUCAGGGUCGACAAUGGAUGAACUCUACCUCGCUGGUGACAGAACUACGGCUACAGGGACUCUACAAAUUCACUAACUACACGGUCAAAGUGGCUGGCUUCUCUAACUAUGGAUUGGGGCCUUUCUCGUUUCCUAUUGUCUGCUCUACGCUGCAAGAUGUACCCGAAGCGCCCGCAGAAAUAAAGCUCCUAGCACAAUCUUCGACCACCCUCCUCGUGAGCUGGAAGCGGCCUCGACAGCCGAACGGCAGGCUCAUGCAUUAUACUGUGUAUUGCAAGCCUACUGCUAAUAACGAUGGACCUCAAGCUAUAAGAGUAGACGUUCAAAGCACAGCGGAAGCAUAUGAGAAGUCUCAAACUCUAGAACUGAAAGGGUUGAUCGAAGGUCGACAAUAUGACGUGUGGGUGACAGCUAGCACCGCAGUGGGAGAAGGACCAGAAAGCCGAAGGGUUACGAAUACUCCUUCGCAAAGAGUCGUGGCCGGAGUUGCUUCUCUGGGUGGAGAAAUAACAGUGGCUGUGAGAAACUCCUUGCUUCUCGAAUGUAGGAGUGUUGGCUCUCCACCACCGAGGACCGUUUGGUAUCAUAACCAGAAUAUUAUAACUCAUCAUCCAAGGUUUACAAGGAAUCGCGAUGAUAGCUUGCUGAUUAAAAGUAUAGACCAAUCCCUAAGCGGGAACUACACGUGUUUAGCCAAAAACCUCUACGGUUCAGAUUCAGUAGUUUUCACAGUUAAAGUGUUACCUCUACCGGACCCUCCGACGUUGAGAGCUACGCCUUAUAAAGACUAUAUUGUGGUUGAGUGGGACGAAAUACGGUCCUAUGGGAAUGAUUCCUUUGGAUUCGGUAUCAGUUACAACCUAACAUGGAGAGAAAACGACGGUCUCUGGCAAGAAGCAUGGCCGGUGUCGCGAGAGAACCGUCUCCCUGGAGUACAGUCGCACACACUAGCCGGCCUCAAGUGUGGCACUAAAUACUCUAUACGAGUGACCGCCACUGACAGUGUUGGCACUUCUGCUCCAGCGCAUAUUGAUGUCACUACGCUAGGUGGAGCACCCGUAUCGCCACCUUCAACGGACUGGCUCUGGAGCAACGCAACGCAUAUCUACAUACAACUCAGUGGAUGGGAUGACAGCGGCUGUGACGUCACCAGGUGGGAGGUGGACUAUCGACUGCUUGGCUCCAACCUUUGGCAACGAGCUGAGAAUAAGGCGCCUAUGGAUCUAAACCUCGGCUGGAGCUACAUAGAAGGCCACUACCAAGCUCCACCACUUCGCUCCAUGCCAACAUCAUACGCAGUCGGAUCUCUCGCUCCCGCAAACUGGUACCAGCUAAGAGUGACUGCGAUAAACGAUGCUGGCGCCGCUUCUACUGUUUAUACUUAUGCUACCAAGACUUUGGAUGGAGAGGAAAUCGGCCCACCAUCAGAGUUGUUCGAUCUGAACAUGUUGGUCAUCGUUUGCAGUUCUAUUCUACUGGUCAUAUGUCUUAUGGCCUUCUUCUGCAUACUGUUUAGAAGACACAGACAAAACUUUACAUCUCAAUACCGCCACUCUAUCGCUGAUGAAGUGAAAUCCCGUAACGAGAGUGUGGCGUCCCAGUCGGAACAUAAGGAACGGUACGCGCAUGCGCCGAGGAUAUACACCUCGCCGGUACACAAUAGGAAGGCUGGGAAGAAUGAAAUGUUCGAGAUAAGUCCUUACGCGGAAUUCGCGCUGGGCUUCAGGACGUUUGAUCACGUCGAGAAUCAGGAUCUACCGAGCAGACUGCCAAGUAGACCGAGGUUUGAUACUGAAACAAGUUUCCAGACUCGUUCGGAGUCUGACGACAGCGACAGCACAUCUAAAGCUACCGUCACUGCGGUUCCAAGACGUCAUUGUCGCACCCCACAUCACAGAUAACAACAAAAAUAGAAUAAUAGCUAUACAUAAUACAUAUUAUUAACAAAAGAAAAAAAACAUUUAGGUAAAUGUAAUUUUUAAUUUAAGCAUAUCAAGUUGUAUCCAUAAAAUUAAAAGGAAAUGUAAAUUGGUAAUUACCUAUUAUUUUAGGUUUGUGUAACUUGGUGUUAAAGAAUAGGUUCGCUCAAUUUAGUACCAAAAAUUCGAAAAAAUAUGUUAGAAUUUGGUCAAUAAGAAGGUACUAAAGUUGCAAAACUUUUUUUUUUAUCAAAGAUUUAUAAAAUCAAAGGAAUUAAUUCUACAGACAAAAAAUAUUGUAAAAACUGUGUUUUUGAGGUCGACAAUAUCAAUUUAUAUCAAUUGAAGAGUAGGAAAGAAAAAGGGGGAGGAAUUAAGGUGAGUAUACACGAAAACAAUGCAAUCUAUAUUACAGCUAAGCUUGGUUUACACCUUGAUGACAAGUUGGGAAAAUAAUUUAAAAAGAUUUCAUAGAAAAACCUAAUGAAAUUUCUUGAAUGGAAAAAGUCUAUAAGACUUAUCUUGCUUCAACAAUAAUAUAUAAUAGUGAAAAUUAUACCAAAAUACUGCUUAAACCAAAAAAAGAAAAAUGUACAUACUAAAAAAAUGGAUUCCGUUUACCUAUUUUAGAAAAAUAGUUUAAAGAAUUAACCAUAAUCUGUGUGUCUCAUGCUCUGUAUGUAAUUUACAAAACUAUUUGAUUUUAUAUUUUUUAAUUUUCAAAAAUACUGACUACAGCUUUUCUACUGCCAUUCGCUUCAUCCGAAGCAACUGAAUUGUAAAACAUAUUUAAAUAAAAAUAAUUAAGAACAAAAAAAUAUUCAUCUCGAAGUAUCUUUAUUAAAAGACUGAUGUUUUAAAAUAUUUAAAAUAAGUUUUAAAUGUUCGUGUCAAACUAUAUGUAAAUGUUAUGAUGUGCUUUGGUAAAAUUAUGUGCGUUUAAAAUUUAAUGCAUUUAUUUAUUCCAAUUUGUAUACAUAAUAUCAAUUAACAUACCGGUAGCAUUAUUAGAUGCUUGUUUACAAAUAGUAAAAAUCGAAUGUCAACGGUACGUAUUACCAGUUACAGUCACAGCCUUUUUAUCGUCCCACUGCUAGGCACAGGCCUCCUCUCACACGGAGAAGUAGGUAAGGUAUUACCUAAUUUUUUAUUCAGCCUAUGCUGUCCCACUCUUAAUAUUCUUGUAAAAAAAUAUUUUCUGUAUGAAUGAUGUUAAGGUGUUUUGAAAAACAGUAAAGAAAAUCUGAGCUACAUUUAUUACAAAAAAAUUAAAAAUCACACAAAAUGGAUCAGUUUUUUUUCACUAUUUUGUUACAAAUUAAAAUAUUAAUUUCUUCGUUACCACUUUAUUAAUUGUACCAAAGCACACCACUACCAGUAGUUCGUAACUGCCAAAUUAAUUUUAAUAGAACUUGUAGAAACUACCUUCGACUUGCGAAUUGUUAACGAUUCGUAAUCCGUAACUUAAACGACAGUUAACGUGACUUAGAGAGUAAGCCUUUUGUUGAUUCUAGUCAUUGAAUUGUGAAAUAAAUGUUUGAAGUAUC